GUGUUUACAUUGGCAGACAGGAAGUAGCGCGGGUGGAGGGAAUAUUUGACAUGCCAAGUGACCGUCGCUGUUCCUAAAGCUAAACUUUUGACAAAUCAUAAGCCAUGAGUGUUGAUGGUUCGAAAAGAGGAUCAUGGAGAGGAGGAGGUAGUGCUGGUGGAUGGAGAGGAGGAGGAGGAGGAGGAGGUGGUGGAGGCUGGAGAGGAGGUGGAGGCUGGAGAGGAGGUGGAGGCUGGAGAGGCGGAGGAAGCAGUGGUGGAUGGAGAGGAGGUGGGUGGAAGGGCAAACCUUGGAGAGGAGGAUCUGGAGGUGGUGGAAGAGGUGCCGGCGGGACAUUUAAUGGAGGCGAUGCCAGGAUGUCGGGAAAUCUUGUCAAUAGCAGCCCAAGAGUCGCUACUCAGGCCACUCUUGACUUGAUGUGCCCUUACAAAGGAUGGUGUCUCUACUUCUCAGAAGGUUUUGUCAAGAGUUCACCGGCUGUCGAGAAAAUCAAAGUGUUUGAAAAGUAUUUUACUUCAAAGAUUAAUCUUUAUAACAAGGAUGAGAUUGAGCGUCAAGGCAGCGUGCUUGUCGAUUACGUAGACUUGACUGGAGACGCAAAAGUGUCGGCAGAACUUCCUGAGCUCAGCAAGUUGGUGAAGGAGCAGCCAGAGGUGAUUCUGAACUGCUUGGGAGUUGCCAUUCACCAGGUGUUGACUCUAGAUCUGGAGAAACAAGCAGCAGAGCUCCAAGGGGAAGAAAUUGACGUCACAACUCCCAUCAUUAACAUACCACGCAUCAGUGCAAGGCUGUAUAACUAUGAACCACUGACACCUCUGCGGACCCUGCGUGCCAGUGUGUUUGGCUACCUGGUGUGUGUGAGAGGAACUGUGGUCAGAGUGAGCAACAUUAGACCUUCGUGUACCCGGCUGGCUUUUAAGUGUCAGACCUGCUCACACGUACAGGCUCUGCCACUGCAGCAUGGAAAAUAUGCCACACUCACCAAGUGUAUACAGGCAGGUUGCCGCGGUCGUACCUUCACUGCUAUCAGGAGCUCCCCUAUGACGCACACUGAGGACUGGCAAAUCAUUAAAGUGCAGGAGCUGAUCGGCGGAGAGCAGAGAGAGGCUGGAAGAAUCCCCCGCACCGUGGAGUGCCACCUGAUAUCCGACCUUUGUGACAGUUGUGUUCCUGGAGAUACUGUCACUGUGACCGGGAUCGUUCGAGUCGCAAAUGAUCGGAGCUCCAGAGGAAACAAGGAUCAAUGUAUGUUCCUCCUCUACAUCGAAGCCACAUCAGUCAGUAACACUAAAGGAAAACAGUCCAAAUCAGGAGGUCCAGAAUCAAGAGUGUCUGGUGAGGCUCAAUCGGGAGGAGAAGAGUUCAGUCUUAAAGAGCUGUACGCCAUCCAGGAUAUACAGUCCCAGCCAAAUCUGCUCCGGCUAAUAGUGCAUUCACUCUGUCCUGCCAUUUAUGGGCAUUUGCUGGUGAAAGCAGCACUCGUGCUGGUGUUGUUUGGAGGCAGACAGAAACUUACAGGGAAGAACACUGUGCCAGUCAGAGGGGAUCCCCACCUGCUGAUGGUGGGAGACCCUGGCCUUGGGAAGAGCCAGAUGCUACAGGCCGUUUGUAAUGUGGCCCCCAGAGGAAUUUAUGUGUGUGGCAACAGCACGAGCACCGCAGGAUUAACAGUGAGUUUAAGCAGGGAUCAGGGAACAGGCGACUAUGCUCUGGAGGCCGGGGCUCUCGUGCUGGCUGACCAAGGUCUGUGCUGCAUCGAUGAGUUUGACAAGUUGGGGAACCAACAGCAGGCCCUCCUGGAAGCCAUGGAGCAGCAGUCUGUCAGCCUGGCUAAAGCUGGAAUAGUUUCCUCCCUGCCAGCACGAACCUCCGUUGUGGCUGCGGCUAAUCCAGUCGGAGGGCACUACAACCGAGGAAAGACUGUCUCUGAGAAUUUGAAAAUGGGCUCACCACUGCUGUCCCGCUUCGACGUGGUCUUCCUCCUCCUGGAUAUCCCAGAUGAGUCUCUUGACCGUCGCUUGUCAGAGCACGUCAUGGCCAACAGGGUGUGUCAAGGGAAAAACAGGAGUGCCGUGGUAAACAGAAAUGCCAGCGAUAUGGAAACCUCGAUCUUGCUGGAACAUUCUGACAUGCCCCUCUCAGAACGGCUGCAGUUUCCUGCAGGUGGCGCUGUUGAUCAUAUUCCAGCGUGCCUUCUGAGGAAAUAUAUCAGCUACGCCCGCCAGUAUGUUCACCCAACAAUUUCCCCUGAAGCAGCACAAACACUGCAGGACUUCUACUUGUCGCUGAGAGCCCAGUCCUACUCUGGCGACAGCACGCCCAUCACCACCCGACAACUGGAGUCCUUAAUCCGACUGACUGAGGCGAGAGCGAGGCUGGACCUCCGAGAGACCGCCACCAAGAGUGACGCAGAAGAUGUAGUGGAGAUUAUGAAGCACAGUCUGGCUCAGACAUUUUCGGAUGAUCUGGGUAAUCUGCAUUUUGAGCGCUCUCAGAACGGGGCAGGUAUGAGUCACCGCAGCGCUGCCAAACGUCUGGUCAACGCCCUGCACGUCCACGCUCAGAGAACCGGUCAGAAGCAGUUCGACGUGCAGACGAUGCGGGCCGUAGCAGAGGAACUGAACAUAAAGGUGGUGGAUUUCGAGGGUCUGAUUAGCUCCCUGAAUGAGCAAGGUUUCCUGCUGAAGAAGGGAGUCAAACUCUACCAGCUGCAGACGGUGUGAAUGUUGCAGCCAGUCCAGGUCAGUGUGGAAGGUAUUUCCUGGUGCUACCUCUUAUGGACUUUUUCAGCAUUCUUUGUCGGUCCAUUGUUUUUCAAAACACGUGACAUUUGUAUGUCAGCCAUUUCAUGAAUGGACAUGCCUUUUGGUCUGGUUGUUGGAAGUAUGUCACUGGCAGAAUAGAAUCUUCCCUGCAAUCUUUCUCACUGUGAAUUGCUUCAGAGGAAAACAGACGUCCAGUUCUUUGUUGGCACACUAAAUAAGCAAAUGGACUAAAGUUUAGACACAUUGCCUUUUUAUUGUGCUUAUUUUUCUAGCAUGGGUUAAGCAAUAAAUGUCACGUCUUUAUUGUAAUUAUAUUGCUAUUAUUGUUAUUUUCUAUUUUUUUUAAAAUCAAAACCUUACUCUUCAGUCAUAUUUGCUUCGUGUGUGUUUGCCUUUUUCACACACACAUCACAGUUGUUAUUGAGGGUGUGUUGUAUAUAUAAUGCAUACAUAAACAAGGAGCAUUUUGAAACAGAAGGACAAUCUGUUCCAAAGUGUGUGACUUGAAAAGUCUUUAUAACAGUUAAAGGUGAUGAAAAAUGUUUUUCAGGAUUGGAAUGGAAGGAAUUAAUGGCUUGUCAACCCCCAUCAUCACUUAUGUCAUAGUUUCCCACUGCAGCAACAUG